CAAGUGUAAAAGUGGCAGCUCCAACUGUUGCCCGGACUAACCCGUUCAGCAUCCACGUCCCACACAGUCUGACACAGAGGAGUGAGACGGCUCACAGAGCACGAAGCGGAAAAGUGAGAGGAGAGGUGGAACAUUUACGCACAGCCUCUUGAGUCUGGAGUCUUUUGGCGCGUCUUUAAAGCCCACCUUGGAUCGUUUUUGGACAACAUUUUCCUGCAUUGGAUUUUGGGUUCAUUUCAGCACUUAAAUGGCAGCUUUAAGUAUGAUUUCCUCGCACCUGUUCCUGUUGAUAUUAAACUGUUUCCUGGGUGCCGCGUCAGUUAGGACCAUGAAAGGGAGCUCUGGGAGCGCACAGGACCGUAGCUUCCUCCAGCCCUCAUCGGACCCGUUCUCUGAUGACCUGGACCAAGACAUGGUCUCGCAGCACAUGUCCAAACUGUACGAGAAAUACAACAGGGAAAACCGCCUCAGAGAGGGAAACACUGUCAGGAGUUUCAGAGCCAGCCAAGACUCUUCUGACCACAGGACGGUGUACCGACUAAACCUUACAACCCUCCAGGACUCAGAGGUCAUCCUCUCUGCCACAUUCCAUUUCCUGCUCGAUCGGCCCCCUCAUCACAAACCCUGGUUCUGUAAACGCUUCAAAAGCCCAUCCUGCCGUUCCUCAGCCAUCCACCCAUCUCCGUCCAUCAGCCUGCUCCUUCGCGCUGUCUCCUCUGGGUCAGAGGUCAGAUCUGGGUCAAUGGGGUCAUUUCUAGGCAAUGUGACCUUCCACCCCCACAGGAGAGGGGUGUGGCAGAUGAAAGAUGUGACCCAGGUCAUAAAGGAGGCACGGGACAAGGGUCAUCUCCUGGUGUUAGUGGAGUUGGACUUAGGUCAGCAGUACCCGAGGAAACCAGAAGAGGCGCUGUCUGCUGGCAGCCUGCCCUACCUGUUACUGUAUGCUAAUGACCAAGCCUUGGCAGAGCCUAACAGUGUGGCUGCAAGCCUUCAGAGAUAUGACCCGUUCAGUGAGGGAGGGGAGCCCUCACAUUCCUCUCAGUCCUCUCAGCUCCUGCACAGACCGAACUCCUCACCAGAGUCGAAAGGACGCGUGAGAAGGGAAGCACCUCCGCUCUCUGACCCCAUUCAGAACAAUGAACUGCCCGAGGUUGACUUCAGGCCUGAUGGAUACAGGAAGGAGGACAUUUGGGAGAGCACUUGGUACCUGGCACUCAAACCCAAGCCUAAAUCCGGAAAGAAGGAAAAGAAGAGAAAGAGCCAGGAGGAAGAAGGAGUGAAGCAAGGUAGGGGAGCAAACGAUAAAGAAGAACCUCAGGUUCUCACAGAAGAAGGAACAUCACAGGGGCUCAAACCUGAUGACUCAACUGUGAAAAAACUCAAAGACAGUCACAUGUUGACGAUCGGCGACGGACGAAAGCACGAGAGGAGAAAUGAGGGAAAGGAUGGAAGAAAGCACAAAGGGGGCGCAAACUCUCAGUCACCUGUUCUGAGUUUUGAUGAACAAACCAUGCGUAAGGCUAGGAGGAGGCAGUGGGGCAACAACCAGCACAGAGGCUGCUCCAGGAGGAACCUCAGAGUGGAUUUUGCAGACAUUGGCUGGAGCGAGUGGGUAAUAGCACCCAAGGCCUUCGAUGCCUACUACUGCGCUGGCACGUGUGGCUUUCCCAUGUCCAAGGUGGCGAGGCCGUCUAAUCACGCCACCAUCCAGAGCAUAGUCCGAGCAGUCGGGAUCAUCCCUGGAGUUCCUGAGCCCUGCUGUGUCCCAGAAAAGAUGAGUCCCCUGGCUGUGCUUUACCAGGAUGAAUCCAGGAACCCAGUGCUCAAGGUUUACCCCAAUAUGUCCGUCCAGUCCUGCUCCUGCAGAUAGGGAGGGGAGGACAAUGGGGGCAGAGGACAAAACAGGGAGGAUGUGGAGAGAAACAGAAAACGGGACUAAUGGAGACAGAACCAUACCUCUGUUUAUUAAGUGGUUUCUUGAUACUGAGAAAGAAAGUCACUUUGGCCGUCGUUAUUCCUUGAAGAACAUAGGCUGUAGAGAAAUCACUUCCAUCUCUUCUGUCCUGCGGCAGCAGACUUGAAGAGACACAUUGUCUGGCGUCUGCCUUAGCAAGAGGAACAGAGUCACACGUGUAAAGUCAGGGCUCCACAUGUCCAAGAAGCCCACUUGUUUUGAUUCUGUGUUUGAGAUAAUGUUGAGGAUUUCAUGGACAGGAGCAUUUAAGGGAUGUAUUCCUUUUUUUAUCUCAGAAUCAACUUGUUUUUCAAAGAGCUCACCGUGAGUUUGUGUUCAUGUUUUCUUUGGACACAAAGGCUAGAAAUAAAAGACUUUAUCAUUGUGUCAUCGGGCAGCUUACACAGUCACAUACAGAUGACAGAGAUUACGAAACAUAUUUCUACAGUUUUACACUCUGUCUACAGCUGUUCUUACUUUUAAGCUAAUCACACACUGCAUUGUACAUACAUGCAAUGUUAAUUUGUUUGCAAGACAGGAGGGUUAUUGUACAUUCUUGCUCCGUAUAUCUUAAAAAAGAAAUAUCCAAUGGAUUGUAGAGAGCAUCUGGAAUUCAUUUACACCCACCAACCCCCUCAUAACACUUCAAGAAUGUUAUAUUGAAACCAGAAAUAUUUUUCUAUUUUGAAUGUGAAACUUGGUUAAAAAUAAUUUGUCAUGGUUACUAGGUUAUGUAUUACUAUAUUUUAGAUGAGAUGCUGUUUUGUACAUGUGUAUUGUUUAAAUUAUGAAAAGGUAGCCUUCUAUAAGUUAGAAUAAAAAAAAGUAAUUUAA